AUGUUUCACUAAUGCUACAAUUAUUAAACUCAGCAAACUCCAAGAGUGAUUCAGUUUAACUCGAAUGCACUGUUUUUGCAGAAUCUUCACAACACUAAUAGCAAUUUUAACUGUAACAAUCAUUAAAUAAAUUACAAUUGUGUAAGCCAUCAAUAACUUCCUUACUUGGUAUGUUAGAAUAGCAUGUAGUAUUGCUAUCCCUACCAACAAAAUAUGAAGUAAUACUAAUAGCAGCUUAUUCAAUAAUAACUCGCAUACUUUCCUGAUUCAGAAUCUAGAAAUAUUAAUAUUAAUAACUUUUAACAAUCAAAUCAAUUAAGUGAAUAGGAGGAAUUUUAAAUGGAUAUAGAACAAAGUAGCUUCAAUGAAGAUUAGCCUUAGCAAAUUUGUUUGCUUAACUUUGAAAAAUCAAGAUCUGGAUCUCAAUCUGAGUGCUCUUGGAAAAGCAGCAGAUCAAUUAAUACUAGCAAUAUUUAAAUUAUUCAAUCUGUAGGUAAAAAAAUAACUUAAAUCUAUGAUCUAAAAGAAAAAAAGAAGGAUUUCGUUAAAUAAGAACAGUCUAAUGAAUAAAAUUACCAUUCAUUUAAUCCUACUGUUAGCAUAAAAUAUUCUAAAAAUUACAAAGAAGAGGAUAUUUGCUCAUUUUAAUAGUAGGCAGAAACUCAUUCGUAUGUUGUUGAUGAAUAAGAAGUAAGCUCAGAGAUUGCAAGUAAAGUAGAAAAUUUAUCUGAAAAUAAUUAAUAAAAAAACCCACAAAAAAACAGCUUUAAUGAGAAAAUAAAAAUAGAAAAAGAAAAAUUAUAUUUUAAAAACCUAAAAACUGAACUUCUUAAGCUUUAUAACUUAGAUGACGAAACACAACUCAUUGCUAAAAUCUAAGAAGACCUUUCAUAAUAAUGCCAUUUAUUACAAAAAAAAACAGAAUAAGCUGAAGAGAUUUCAACAAGUUAUACAAACUAAAAACUUGAAGACUAACUCAGCGAAUAAGACAUUUAGCUUCAUUUGAAGUGUUUUAAAAUUGAUUUGAGUUAAGAAAUUCCAGAAAUUGAGCUUACAUACAUGAAUUUGAUAAAAGAAAUAAAUUUCAAGAUUUUUUAAAUUAACAUUUAAGAAAAUAAAUUAUUUGAUGAUGGAACCGAAUCAAAGCAAAAUAUAAGAAGAAAAUACGCAUUAAAAGUUAUUGAAGGAAUUAAAAAAUUAGUAAAAGGAAUUAUCACAAAACGAUUCUGA